GCGCGCAGCGUGCGGGGGCGGCCGGCCCGGGGGCAGCGCGCAUCGCUCCCUCCUCCGCCGGCCCCGGCCCCCGGCUCCCCCGCCCUCCCGAUCCCCGAGCUGCACCAAACAGCUCUCAGGUUUCUGCUGAUACUGCAGCGUCAAGAAAUGGCCCGAGUUUGCUCCUCGCUCCCAGGCGUUCAGCAGCCCUCUCGCUCCUGCCGCACGCGUCCAGCCCCUGCCUCCUCCUGCCUCCGCCGCUGCUGCUGCCGGGACGAGCCAAGCCCGACUCCGGGGAUGCGGCUGCAGGGCUGCGGCGCUCUGGCAUCUCCCCCGCCGCCGCUGCCCAGCGCCCGGCUCCUUUUCCAGCUGUCCUAAGGGAAGAGAGCUGGAGAGCCAGCAGCUAUCUAGGACUCCGCGAUUUUAUUGACUGACUCGAGCCUUUUGGAAAAGGUACUUUGCACUCUUUUCGGCGCGCACCUCCCACCCCCCACUGCGGUUCUCAGCAGAAACUAAUUAAACCCACUCGCCCUUGGUGCAGCCUAAGACAGUGUAUGAAUAUUUCAGUGUCUCGCAGGCAGCCCUGUAAAGCGAUCGCUGUGUUAUAAAGAGGGGCGCGAGAGGAGGAGGAGGAGGGUUAAGUUUGCCGCUGCGGUUUUUGUUUUGGUUCGGUUUUUUUGGAUGCUGCUGCAAGGCGACUUGACGCAUUCCGGCACUGGCUCCUACUCCUAAGCGGCGCGUCUCGCCCGGAGCAGGCUCCACAUCCACCCCUUCCUCGAGCUCCCCGUCCCACCUCAACCCCCCCCCCCGAACCGCCCUGGGUCUCUCUGUGCUCCUCCAUCCUCCUCCUCCUCCUCCUCCUCCCUUUCCCUCACUUCUCCCCUGCCCCUUGCUCCCCUUCCCCGCGUGCCACCAUGACCGUGAUGGCCGGAGAGAACAUGGACGAGACCUCGGCGCUGCCCGGCCACCCCCAGGACAGCUACCAGCCCGCGGCCCACGACGACCACGAGUGCUGCGAGCGCGUGGUGAUCAACAUCGCGGGGCUGCGCUUCGAGACGCAGCUCAAGACCUUAGCCCAGUUCCCCAACACGCUGCUGGGCAACCCCAAGAAGCGCAUGCGCUACUUCGACCCGCUCCGCAACGAGUACUUCUUCGACCGCAACCGGCCCAGCUUCGACGCCAUCCUCUACUACUACCAGUCCGGGGGAAGGCUGCGCCGGCCCGUCAACGUCCCCCUGGACAUGUUCUCUGAGGAGAUCAAAUUUUACGAGCUGGGCGAGGAGGCCAUGGAGAAGUUCCGGGAAGACGAGGGGUUCAUUAAAGAUGAGGAGAGGCCCUUGCCGGAGGGGGAGUACCAGCGCCAAGUGUGGCUCCUCUUUGAGUACCCAGAGAGCUCUGGGCCGGCAAGGGUUAUUGCCAUAGUCUCUGUCAUGGUGAUCCUCAUCUCCAUCGUCAUCUUCUGCCUAGAGACGUUGCCUGAGCUGAAGGAGGACAAGGAGUACACAGUGCACCGCACUGACAACACCACCCAGCUCUACAAAUCCAACAUCUUCACAGAUCCCUUCUUUGUGGUGGAGACCCUGUGCAUCAUCUGGUUCUCCUUCGAGCUGGUGGUGCGCUUCUUUGCUUGCCCUAGCAAGACUGAUUUCUUCAAGAACAUAAUGAACUUCAUUGACAUUGUGGCCAUCAUCCCUUACUUCAUCACGCUGGGCACCGAGAUGGCCGAGCGGGAGGGGACUCAGAAAGGAGAGCAGGCCACCUCCUUGGCCAUCCUGAGAGUCAUCAGACUGGUAAGAGUCUUUCGAAUCUUCAAACUCUCCCGGCACUCUAAGGGCCUCCAGAUUUUGGGACAGACCCUCAAAGCCAGUAUGAGAGAGCUAGGUUUACUAAUCUUCUUCCUCUUCAUUGGGGUGAUUUUGUUCUCUAGUGCGGUAUAUUUUGCUGAGGCUGAAGAACCUGAGUCUCAUUUCACAAGUAUCCCUGAUGCUUUCUGGUGGGCGGUGGUAUCCAUGACCACUGUGGGCUAUGGUGACAUGUACCCUGUGACAAUUGGAGGCAAAAUCGUGGGCUCCUUGUGUGCCAUCGCUGGUGUGCUGACAAUUGCCCUGCCUGUACCUGUCAUCGUGUCCAACUUCAACUACUUCUACCACCGAGAAACAGAAGGGGAAGAACAGGCUCAGUUACUUCACGUUAGCUCCCCUAAUUUAGCAUCUGACAGUGAUCUCAGUCGCCGCAGCUCCUCCACAAUCAGCAAAUCUGAGUACAUGGAAAUCGAAGAGGAUAUGAAUAAUAGCAUAGACAAUUUUAGAGAGGCUAAUCUCAGAACUGGCAACUGCACUGUAGCCAACCAAAACUGCGUUAAUAAAAGCAAGCUGCUGACUGAUGUGUAAACAAAAAAAACAAAACAAAACCCCCACUCACAGCUUGAAGACUUUAGUGACACAGUCACACUUUGUAGAUGCUUUACUGAUAGUCUUUGAAUGCUUUAUUUACCUCGUAAAUGCAUUGUUGCAUUGCAGAUCUUUGCUCUGCGAUAAAGAAGCUUCCAGGAUCCAUGAAAGCUAAAAUUUUGUUUAUUAAAAAAAAAAAAAAACAUUUUCCACCUGGUAAAGAAUAACCAUUUGAACUAGUUUAGUUUUAAGCCGUUACGACGCUAGACCUAAACUUUUCCUCUCCCAUCUCUUCUUUUUUUUUUUUUUCCUCCUUUUCUUUUUAUGGAUAAGUUAAACUAAGCAAGACAGUUCUUAGAGCUAUUAAGCAUAUGCAUGGAUUCCAGUAAAAAAUAUUCUGCAAAACUGCACAGUUGCAAGAAAGUGCAUCAGAUAAUAACAGUAAAAAAAGAUCACCCAAAACCUGCGGCGAGCAUUUGCCGUGGUGUUUAUGAAGGAGUGCAAAUUUUCCUUCUGCCCCCUCUGUGAAAGAUUCCAUCCUUCCAACCUACAGAUCCACACAGCACAUCAUUUAAAAAAACCUACUUAAGCCUGGUCUCUUUUGCUGUCCGUAGAAGAAAUAUCCUAAAAGGAGAAUAACAAACAAAACUGAAGACAAAACAUCUGCUAUGCUGCUAAGUUCUCUUACAUGCAGAUGAUAGAAACACACUUUUCCUCCCCGUCCCCUUUCAGAACUGGAUACAAAACUUUAAGCCCCUCUGUUGCAAGAUAGCACAAUGGAGUUUAAUAUAAGCAUGUUUGAAUUUGAUACUAUUUAUUUUAUGAUCGCAUGCUUGAAACGUUACCUCAGACAAUAGCGGAUAAGCUUUCGUUUGAACUGAAUCUUCUAAAAAUAGGUCCUUUCUCCUAUCUUUUUUUCAUUUCUUUUCUUUUACUUCUUGAUUUGCAUUCACCAGAAGUGCACUCCUUAAUUUAUUAAAUCGUUGACUAGUAAUUUAAAGUACUGUAUUUAAGUGCGUAUGUUAGUCAAAUGGGAACAAUAACUUUUGGAGAUCAAAGCAUGUUCAAAUAUUCAGCAUUAUGGCCUAUUUGAUUAAAGUGUAACUUGAAUUAAUUAGUGCAUGAACUCAAUGAUAAUAAUAAUAAUAAUAAUAAUAAUGAUGAUAAUAACAACAAUAAUGAUAACAAUAAAAAUAA